AUGGCAGCCGCCGAUUCUGUUCUCAUUCCCCAGGCGGAUGAAAUCUCCAUUGAAAAUGCGCGGGUCGUCAUCAUCGGCGCCGGCCCGGUGGGAUUAUUCUUAGCGUUGAAACUCGCAAAGGCAGGAGUUGAUGUCCUCGUCCUGGAGGCAGAGGGGCAGGUGUCUCAGAGUCCUCGUGCAACUACGUAUAUGCCCAUUGUGCUCAACGAAUUAGACAAGAUCGGGCUGUAUGAGGAUGUCCUAGAAGCAGGAUACACAAACACAGAAGGAAUCACGUUCCGCAAGUCCCACGCUAAAGGUGGUGACGUCCUAGCUCAAAUGAGAAUGUCCCAAGUACCCAAGGGCGUUGUCAAGUACGAUUUUGCAGGUAUCCACCUCGGCCAGCACAUCCUGGCCGAAAUCAUUUUGUCGCAUUGCAAAAAAGAACCAAAAUUUCGAAUACGCUGGGGCCACCGCUACGUCGGCUCGCGGCAAGGGUUAGAGUCGGACUCUGUCAAAAUCAUUUGUGUUGGGCCUGUCGGCGAGAAAUUCUUCAGUUGCGAUUAUCUCGUCGGUGCAGAUGGGGCCGGCAGCGCCGUGAGGCGCUCCUUGUGCAUUCCAUUCGAGGGCUUCACCUGGUCGGACUUCCGCUUUGUCGCAGCCAACGUCAAAUAUGACUUUGACAAGUACGGCUUCGCAACGGCCAAUAUGGUCGUGGAUGAGGAGGACUGGGCCGUCAUUGCACGGACAGGGCCUGGGAAUGAUCCGUGGCGCGUUGCUUUUGGUGUGCGGACCGACAUCCCAGAGUCUGAGAUUUUGAAGAAACUCCCCGAGAAGUUUGAGAGUUUAUUCCCCGGACCGAGACCCUUGAAGUAUGAGCUGGUCAGUGCGAAUCCGUACUGGGCUCAUCAGCGGGUGGCCGCGACCCUUAAAGUUGGCAAGACCUUGCUUUGUGGUGACGCGGGACAUUCUAACAACCCCAUUGGUGGCCUGGGCCUAACCACGGGGCUACUUGAUUCGGCGGCUUUGGGGAACUGUUUGAUCCGGAUCUUCCAGCAUAAUGAGCCAGCGGAUCCUUUGCUAGAACGAUAUGCCCAAGUCCGCAGAGAUACGUGGAUCAAGUUCACCAAUGCUCAGUCAAUUGACUUCAAGCUCAGAGUCCACUCAUUCCACCCUGAUGUGGAGGCUGCCAGGAACGGGUUGUUCUAUGCACUAAAUACUGACCCGUCCAUGCAUCUGAAGAUGGCUACGAUGAUGAAUGAGAUCACGAAGGAUGAGUUUGCGCUGCCGGAGUUGGAUGGACUAUCUCCAACAGAGGCACAAACAACCGUUGAAGACAAGUAG